AUGGCGCCACUGGUGCAAAGCUCUCAACCAUGGGUCGAAAAAUAUCGGCCGAAGCAAGUGAAAGAUGUGGCUCAGCAGGACGAGGUGGUUCGGGUCCUCACCAACACCCUCGAGACCUCAAAUUGUCCGCACAUGCUCUUCUAUGGUCCACCGGGCACCGGAAAAACCACCACUGCUCUCGCCAUUGCCCACCAGCUUUUCGGACCUGAACUCUACAAGUCUAGAGUGUUGGAGCUCAAUGCAAGUGAUGAUCGUGGGAUCAAUGUUGUCCGGACAAAGAUCAAAGAUUUUGCUGCUGUGGCUGUGGGUUCUGCUCAUCGUCAAGGGGGUUACCCUUGUCCACCAUUUAAGAUCAUUAUCCUAGAUGAGGCGGAUUCAAUGACAGAAGAUGCUCAGAAUGCUCUAAGACGUACAAUGGAAACCUACUCCAAAGUCACAAGAUUCUUUUUUAUAUGUAAUUAUAUCAGCAGGAUCAUAGAGCCACUUGCUUCAAGAUGUGCAAAGUUUAGGUUUAAGCCACUUUCAGAAGAAAUCAUGAUCAGCCGCAUAUUGCAUAUUUGCCAAGAAGAAGGCGUCAACCUAGAUCCAGAGGUUCUGUCAACACUAAGUUCUAUCUCACAAGGUGAUCUUCGUCGGGCUAUUACAUACUUGCAGUCAGCUGCACGCUUAUUUGGAUCUUCCAUUUCUAAGAAGGAGCUGAUUAGUGUAUCUGGGGUAAUCCCGGAGGAGGUUGUCGAGUCAUUUUUUGCUGCCUGCAGCGGUGAUAACUUUGAUUUGGCAAACAAGGAAGUCAACAAUGUAAUCGCAGAGGGAUAUCCAGUCUCUCAGAUGCUUUCACAGUUAUUUGAGGUGGUGGUUGAAUCAGAUGACAUAUCAGAUGAACAGAAGGCUAGAAUAUGCAAAAAAAUGGGUGAAGCAGAUAAGCGUCUCGUUGACGGUGCUGAUGAGUACUUGCAGCUGCUUGAUGUUGCCAGCAGUGUAAUGCGAGCUAUGUGUAACAUGCCCGAAGAUUUCUCUUAG